GUGAAUUAUAUAAUGAGUGCUGGCUUAGUGGUGGCAAUAUUCAUGAGCUUCAAAAAAAAAGCAUACACAUCACCAACCAAUCUUCCUGCACUUAUAAUAUUGCUAUUGUUAUAUGGAUGGGCCAUAAUUCCUAUGAUGUACCCUGCCUCCUGCUAUUUUAGCGUCCCCAGCACUGCCUAUGUUUUCUUGUCUUGCGUUAAUCUCUUCAUUGGUAUUAACACUAGUGCUAUUACAUUUAUUCUGGACCUCUUUGAAAAUAAUGCGCCUCUCCUAGAAUUCAACAAAACAUUAAAAAAAGCAUUUUUGAUCUUUCCUCAUUUCUGCUUGGGUCGUGGACUCCUCGACUUAGCCAUAAACCAAGCUGUGAUUGAUGUCUAUGCACGUUUUGGAGAAGACCGUGUCUUGAAUCCGUUGCGCUGGGAUUUUGCUGGAAAACACAUGCUAGCCCUAGUCGUGCAGGGUGUGAUCUAUUUCAUUCUGAAUCUUCUUCUACAACAUAGUUUCUUAUCUACAAGAUGGUUUAUCCAAAAUACUCUGGGGCCUAUUGUGGAAGAAGACGAGGAAGUUGCAGAAGAAAGGAAGCGAAUAAUGAAAGGAGAGAGCCAAAACUAUAUAUUGAAAUUGCAGGAAUUGACUAAGAUAUACGCAGGAAGGCGUGUACCAGCAGUAGACAGACUCUGUGUUGGGGUUCGUCCGGGAGAGUGCUUUGGUCUCUUGGGUGUGAAUGGUGCUGGUAAGACAACAACAUUCAAAAUGCUGACCGGAGAUAUUAAAGUAACCUCAGGAGAUGCUGUUGUGGUUGGUAAUAGCAUAUUGACCCAAAUCUGGGAUGUUCAUCAAAACAUGGGCUAUUGCCCACAAUUUGAUGCUAUUGAUGAACUACUAACAGGAAGAGAACAUUUGUUUCUCUAUGCCCGUCUGCGUGGUGUCCCAGAAGCUGAAAUUCAGAGGGUGGCAGAAUGGGGAAUUCAGAAACUUGGACUGUCACAAAAUGCAGAUCAGUUGGCAGGAACAUACAGUGGCGGCACCAAACGGAAACUUUCCACUGCUAUUGCAUUGAUAGGCUGCCCUCCCUUAGUCCUGCUAGACGAACCAACUACAGGAAUGGACCCCCAGUCCCGACGCUUGUUAUGGAACUCAAUUUUCAGUGUGAUCAGAGAUGGAAGAGCUGUGGUUCUUACCUCCCACAGCAUGGAAGAAUGUGAGGCGCUCUGUACACGCAUAGCUAUCAUGGCUAAAGGCACCUUCAAAUGUCUGGGCACCAUCCAGGAUCUCAAAUACAAAUAUGGAGAUGGCUACAUCGUUACCAUGAAAAUCAAGGCACCUAAACUUGGAUUACUCCCAGAUCUCAGCCAAGCAGAACAAUUUAUGUGCCAGAACUUUCCAAGAGGGAUACAGAGAGAAAAGCACUAUAACAUGCUGCAGUACCAAAUAUGUACCUACUCACUGGCCAAGAUCUUUAGAUUGAUUCUCUCCAACAAAGAGAACCUAAAUAUUGAAGAAUACUCUAUCUCACAAACUACCCUAGAUCAGGUUUUUGUAAAUUUUGCUAAACAGCAGAUGGAGGAUGAGGAGAUUCCUCUACACCCUCGUGCAGCUGGAGCUAAUAGAGAGAUGAAAGUGACUCCUGUUGUCUAUCGGCAUAUAAGCAAAUAA